AUGUCUCAUGGAAUCAGGAAAGAAAAUUUGAACGAAUGGAACAAUAAUAAUACAAAUGAAAAUACUAAUCUACGUCAAACAGUCGCAGAUGAUGUAGUAAAUCGUCCACCACGACCACCUGGACCGACAUUGGGACCAUACUUACAGUUUAUCACAACAGAUUUGGAAAAUAUGCUAUGGAUCGGAAGUGUUUUAAUAUUUCAACAUGUUUCAUACGGUCGACCAACGAUUGAAUUUAUUGCACAAGUCAAAAUUGCUUACGAUUGGGAAAUACUAUAUGAAAAUUUAUUUAAUAUGCGAGCUUAUCGAAUAAAUCUCAAUAUUGAAUUAUGUCAAGGAUAUGAUGAUGAAAAAAUUAGUUGGAAAAUUCAUUGGGGCAAUCAUUCAACAAAUGGUUCAUUUUAUAUUGCUCAAUAUAAUCAAAAAUGGCGCGGUGCAUUUUUUUCAUGCAAUGGUUUUGAUGCUACUGUUUCAGAGGAAACAGCAUUAAACCUAACUUAUAAUGCUGUUUGGAAUCAUAUGCUUCCCAUUCAUGAUAAAAAUCCUUUUCAUAUUUUACUUUGGGGUGGUGAUCAGGUUUACAAUGAUUUUGUUUUUGAUGAUGUUCCAUUGCUUCGAAAUUGGUCUCAUUUGAAAUUUGAUCAAAAAUGGACAUGGCAAUUUCCAUAUGAAUCAAAACACGAAAUUGCACAAUAUUAUUUUAAUAAUUAUACUGAACAUUGGGAACGUCGACCAGAAAUGAAAAAAGCAUUAGGAUCUAUUCCAAGUUUAAUGAUGUGGGAUGAUCAUGAUAUAUUCGAUGGUGCUGGAUCAUAUCCACCAUUACUUCAUGAUAGUCCAAUUAUGAUGGGAAUAUUUGAAAUAGCACAACAAAUGCGACUUCUUUUUCAACAUCAUACUACACCAGAGAAAGCUCGAAAACAUCAAUUAUUCGGCUAUCGUAGUUAUAAUUUUCUUGCUCGAUGUGGCCCAAAUUUAGCUAUUUUAGGUGCUGAUGGACGUAGUGAACGUGAUCAUCAAACAGUGACACAUGCCAAGACAUGGGAUAUAAUCUUUGAAAAAUUAGACCAUAAUCUACAAAAUGUUCAACAUUUAAUCGUUCUAUUUCCCGUUCCAUUUUCAUUUGCACGGUUUAAAAUAGUUGAAAAUUUGCUUGAAACAUGGAAAAAAUUGGCAAUAAAAUGGCGAAAUAUUCCAUUUAGUGAAAAAACUAGUUCAGUUUUUGGUUUGCCCGAACCCUAUGAUGAUCUUCUUGAUGAAUGGACGCAUAAAGUACAUUUAGGUGAACGAAACCGCAUUCUUUGUCGUUUUCAAGAUAUUGCCCAUAAGAAGAGAACAAGAAUAACAUUUUUCAGUGGUGAUGUUCAUUGUUGUGGUGUUAGUCGAUUUCAAACUCAAGGAGAUAAUAUUCCAUCACCUCUUCAUGAUUCUAAAUUAAUGUAUCAAAUAAUUUCAUCUGCUAUUGUUAAUAGACCGCCACCAAAAAUAGUUACUCGUGUUAUUCAUUUUUUUGGUACAAAAUGGUAUCCAGUUGCUGAUACCGAAGAAGAAUUGAUAGAUUUUUUCGAACGAGAUCCAGAAUUUCGAGCUAGAUUAUUUCUUAAAAAAUUACUUUCAAAUCGAAAUUGGUGUUAUUUUGAACAACGUGCAGUCACAAAUUCGACUUUAGCUACUCGUGUUACUCAAACUGGAUUUGUCGAAAAUUUCUUUUGGCCAUUUAUAGAUUCUCUUCUAUUAUUGAUUGGUUUAUGUUUAGGAUUCAGUUUGCUGUAUAAAAAAAGUGAAUCAGCAGUAACAGAUCAAAGUUAUAAUAAACCAUUGACAGCAUCGGAUCAGGAUAAUCAAAUUGAACAAGAAGCAAAUAGCAUAAAAGUUCAAUUUUGGUUGGAAAAUAUGAAUCUCAAGAAAGGCAGACCACAUUUUACAAAUUAUGAUCUAUUUAUUCCUGAUUUGAAAUGA